AAUUACUAUGGCCGCGCCAUGGACCUAUCCAAGACUCCGCCCGCCUCUAUUUCUGAUUGGUCCGUCACACACGUCAGCCCUAUCUUUUACUUGCUUGAUAUUAGCUGCUAGGGUUAGGGUUAGAGGUUAGGGUUUAGGGUUAGAGCUCUUUUGUGACGCUCACAGCGAGGGUAGAGUUUUAAAGCGUCCAGUUGAGCUGCAUGCAACCCGGCCAAUGACAGAAAGAGUAGGGCGGGUCUUGGCGUGGCCAUAGUAGGAUUCGUAAGACGCUUCCCGAUGUGAGAUGCUGUGAUGGAGGUCGGAGCGGUGGUGUGUGCGGCGCUGGUACUGUGGACCACCGCUCAGAGCCACACGGGACCGAGGGUCACCGAGAAGGUGUUUUUUGACGUCACAGUAGCGGGUCACGAGGUGGGGAGGAUUGUCAUUGGUCUGUUCGGCGAAGUCGUCCCACUCACCGUCAACAACUUUGUUGCCCUAGCAACCGGAGAGAGAGGGUUUGGCUACAGGGGCAGUAAGUUCCACCGGGUCAUCAAGGACUUCAUGAUCCAGGGAGGAGACUUCACCGCCGGCGACGGGAGUGGAGGACGCAGUAUCUACGGAACGACGUUCCCCGAUGAGAACUUCAGACUGAAACAUCUGGGAGCUGGCUGGGUGAGCAUGGCUAACGCUGGUCCGGACUCCGGCGGCUCCCAGUUCUUCAUCCUGGCGACCCGAGCGCCCUGGCUGGACGGGAAACACGUGGUGUUUGGGAAGGUCCUGGAGGGCAUGGCCGUGGUCUCUAAGCCUCUAAGCCCUGGCUCUGUCCCCAGGCCGUGGUCCACACCGUGGAGCUGCAGGACACUGACGAGCGGAGCCUGCCUCACACCGAGUGCGUGGUGGUGAACAGCGGCAGGAUCCCAGUGAAGGAGGCCUUCAGCCUGGAGGUGGAGGGCUGGUAGCCUGCCCACACGCACACAAACACCCACACACACGCACACAAACACCCACACACACACACACAAACACCCACACACACACACACAAACACCCACACACGCACACAAACACCCACACACACGCACACAAACACCCACACACACACACACAAACACCCACACACGCACACACAAACACCCACCCACACACACAUAGACACGCACACACACAAACACCCCACACACGCAAACAAACACCCACACACGCACGCACACAAACACCCACACACACCCACACAAACACCCACACACGCACGCACACAAACACCCACACACACCCACACAAACACCCACACACGCACACAAACACCCACACACACGCACACAAACACCCACACACACACACACAAACACCCACCCACACACACAUAGACACGCACACACACAAACACCCCACACACGCAAACAAACACCCACACACGCACGCACACAAACACCCACACACACCCACACAAACACCCACACACGCACGCACACAAACACCCACACACACGCACACAAACACCCACACACCCACGCACACAAACACCCACACACACCCACACAAACACACACGCACGCACACAAACACCCACACACACACGCACACAAACACCCACACAAGCGCACACACGUUUCAUUUUACAUUGUACGCCAAUGAAGACAGUAUGAGCGACGAAGCAAACAGGCUUUGUGUUUCUGUGUCUGGUGGUUUGUCUGCAUCGUUCAUCAGCCUCAUCUCCUAACCCUAACCCUAGCCUCUCCUAACCCUAAACCUAACCCUAUUCCCUACACAACGACUGGCAUGUAUCAGUUCAGUUAUACCAAAAACAUGUUAUACUUGUUUUCUAUAUUAUUAUGAUUUGAUAUGGAAGGAGACCGGGCCAAUAACGUUAAAACGCUUCUCCGAGCGUGAACAGGUGAGAGUUGUCAACAUUGAACCCUGAAGUAAGCUGGUCCCCAAAGGCUUGGUCAUCCUUUGACCACAGGGGGCGCUAGAGCUCCCAGCCUUAACGGCCACUGCCCUCGCCCCGAUUUAUUACCAAUACCAUUGAUCUGUAUCUUUAAAGUUAACCAUGAACCCAAAUAACCGAAUGACCAAUGUGGUAAACAUGGGUAACUUAAGGUUUGGAGAAAUCACAAUGAACAAUCCUGUUCAAUGUCCAAGGUGCUGACAAAUCUAUCAUUCAAACAAGAACAGGUCUGUUAAGUCAGCCGUAAACAGUUCAGUGGCCUGCUUGUGAUUAGCCCUGCUAGCACUAGGGUGUUGGCAAGCCUGCAUUCAUUAAAUCGUAAUCCUCCAUUGCAAAAAUACAUUAUUUUAUUGCCAAAUUAUUCUUGUUUUGUAAAGUUUUCCACUUUCUGAAUUCUCUCUCUCUCUCUCUCUCUCUCUCUCUCUCUCUCUCUCUCUCUCUCUCUCUCUCCUCUCUCUCGUCUCUCUCUCUCUCUCUCUCUCUCUCUCUCUCUCUCCUCUCUCUCUCUCUCUCUCUCUCUCUCUCUCUCCUACCUUUAUCCAUGCAUGCAAACUUAAAAUCUUGUAGGCAUGCAGCAAUCACUUAGCCUAACAAUAUGUUGGUAGCAUGAAGCAAUUAGUUAGGCUAACAAUAUGUUGGUAGUAUGUAACACUGAGUUAGCGCGACAAUAUCUUGUUAGCAUGUAACAGAGUGUUAGCCUGACAAUAGCUUGUUAGCAUGUAACAGAGUGUUAGCCUGACAAUGUUGUGUUAGCAUGAAGCAGUGUGUUAGCCUGACAAUAUCUUGUUAGCAUGUAGCAGUGUGUUAGCCUGACAAUGUCGUGUUAGCAUGUAGCAGUGUGUUAGCCUGACAAUGUCUUGUUAGCAUGAAGCAGUGUGUUAGCCUGACAAUGUCUUGUUAGCAUGAAGCAGUGUGUUCAAUAUCAUAACGAACUUCUUUCAUGUUUGAAUCUGGGUUUAACCAACGCGGUCAACGCUGUAUCGUGUUACCUGAACAAAGUGAGUGUGAUGUAAUGCUAAAUGUUUCGGUUCUCAUCUGAGCUAAACAUGCUCCUUGUUUGCAGCUUCUUACGGUUAGAGUAGUACUUCAGGAUUUAUACCACUGUUAUAAUGUAUGAUCAUCUUUCAUAAAACAUAUAGAAAAUGACCUUAUUCUCUGUGGAAAAGGUAUUGAUAUCAUAUCUAUAUUAAGUCGGUUAGAUGACCUCUUCAGCAAACAUCUACCAAAACUGUAGCAGAAUGUGUCCAACCAGUAGUUUUCUACAAUAAAGAAUUUUCCUAAAUAA